CUCUCUUGUUUUCCUAGCUCUAUGUACUGCUUUCACGUAUUGACGCCGGGAGGGAGCGCGCCUGCUCGCUCGCCCUCCCGCGCGUGCGCGCGUACUCCUCCCCGCCCCCUCCCAACCGGAACCGUGACCGUGGAGGUUGCUAGGGAAACGGGAGAGACGCUGCCCGCCGGCGCUUUGGGAGGGAGGAGAGCGCGAGCGCGCGUGAGGGAGGCAGCGGGGGAAAGGAAAGGUGAGGGGGGCAGGGAGGGAAGGAAGGAGGGGCUCCCUUGGGGGUGGGGCGGGGGGGGGGUUGACCGGCACCCCCACAUUAAUUCCAAGCGCCCCUUCGUCAGCCCCUUUGCGGGGCGAACGCGGGAAACCUUCGUCCCCAUUCCCGUCUAUUGGAGACACUGACUGUGCCUCCCCCCCCCCCCGCCUACCUGAAGUGAAGGGCUCUCCCCCCCCCCACGCGGGGAGAAGGGGGCGGGGCGCCCGGGUUUAACCCGACCUCUUCCCCCUCUGGGGAGGCGGCUGAGGGGGAAGGUCUCUUCUCCCCAUGGCCAUGUUGGUGGUGGCUCCCCCUUUUUGCAGAGGGAAGAAGACCCAGGCACAGGUGGGCACAAGCAGGUGCACCACAGAGACAUUAACAAACUAUGACCCUUAUUGUGUGGAACUGAAAUAAGGCACAGGAGACUGGAUUGAUGGUUUGCUUUUCCAGAGUUGCUUGAAGUGGAGGAAAUAUUUUUGGUGAAACAUUUUACAUUACACACUAAAACACAGACACACACAAAAGCGCGCGCACACACACCACACACAUACAGAAACAGACACAGACAGGCACACACACACACACACACACACACACACAUAAAGACACAGACAGACACAGGCACACAGGCACAGACGCACACACAAAGACACAGAUGGACACAGACACACACAGACACACAGACACAGACGCACACACAUAUAAAGACACAGACGGACACAGACACACACUCACAGACAUGCACACAGACAGACGCACAGGCACACACACAGAGAGAAAGACACAGGUGUGCACGCGCGCGCGCACACACACACACACACACACACGAUACACCCUGCUGGGGAGCAGCCUCUGGUCCAAAUUACACAUUUCCCCUAUAUUAUAUAAGAUGUUUUUUACGCAGCUAUUUUUAUAUAUGUGAGGGAGACCCGAUCCCCUUCCCAAUUUGAGGGGGGUGACAGGACGGACUCGCCUUCCCAUCUUCUAAGAAGCUUGGGCACCCUUUUCCUCCCUACCCCAGGCUCUCCCCCCAACUCUGUUCUGUAAAAUAUGAGCACAAUCAGCGGUUCUCCUCCUAAUAUGCCUAGGUGUUCCCACUGAGGAUGUUUCAUAUCACAAACGGGUCCCGGAGAUGUUGCAAAAGGGUAGCUCGCAACAGCUUUUUAACAAACCAGGUUUUCCUUGGGAAAGGUGAAACUUGGUUAAAGGGGAGAGGGGGUUAGGUGUUCAUGAACAGUGCUGGUUCCACAAUAAGCGCAUCCCUAGAAGCAUCCCUCAGUCUAUCCGAGAGCCCUCUCUCUCCCCCCCCCACCCCUUGUAUCCAGGGUUAAGAAGAGACUUGCACCUCCUGCUUCUUUGGCAAACUUGGUGACCCCAAAUCCUCUCCACUGUACCAUAAAUCCUGCUACCCAUGGCUGCCAGAAUGUCUUUCUGUACUAGUAAAGUUCUUGUUAAAAUCUCAUUUUCUGAGUUAUUUCUAUCUCAUUGAAAGUGGUUUUGCAACUAAUUUAGUGACAACUCUGGCAAUUACCUUUCAGUACAGCAACCAGGGGUGAACUGUUCUGUAUCUACAAACUUGUAUUAAUUGAGCCGGCAUUGACUUACCAAAUGGAUAGCACCCAUGAUAAUUAAAUUCCUUGGGCUCAAGAUACGCUAUCCAAAUAUUCUCAAUUUCCAAACUUUAUAAACUUGAAUUUUAUCUAGUUCUUGGUGUGCUUAUCCUGCAUGUUAUAGCCACAUUUUUAUGAUUGCAAAAUGUAUGUCUUUUUCUCACGGCAUUAUUCAUUGCCGUAAUCUCUAGGGCCAACUUAUAGCAGUGUUUACUGAGCAUCCUGCUCAGUUUAGUAACCCUGGACAGAAAUAUCUGUUAGGGGAGUUGUUUCCACCUGUGACAUGUCAUAGUUCUCGGAAUAUUGUUAAGUCACUGGAAGAGCCAAGGGAAACAGAAUGUUUAGACUUCAGAGAACCAUAGUACCUGGUUGACUUAAACGCCCUAUCUGCCUUCUCUCUUAUAUAUCCGUCUUUCAUUUUUUCCCAUGCCCUUUCCUCCCCUCUCUGUUUCCCUUUCCUUCUCCCUCCUCCCUUUCCUUUUGUUGUACAUAGUGUGGCAAACCUGCUUCCAGAGAACCAAUUCUGCACAGUAGAGCGCCGCAAUGAGAGGGCAACAGCAGCUGCAGUGAUCCUGAGCGUGAGUGCUUUAGAGUAAGGCAGAGGUUUUCAACCAUUUUGGGUCCACGGCUCCCUUGACCAACUAAAUUCUUUUUCUGGCAACCCUGUGGGGUUCAGGAGCCCAGUUAUGUCACCCCUUGCCUGCAGAGCCGGCAGCCCCUCACCCCUUUUCGAACCCUCCCUUGUAGAGUGUUCCCUCAACCUCCUCUCUUCUCCCUUCUCCUUGGGAGUCCUCUGGGCAGCCACAGCUGCCGUCCCUGGUCUUUGAGCUGCACCCCCUGCCCCAAAUAAAGAUGCCUCCUUACUCUGCCCCACAGGGGCCUGGGAAGCAACCCCUGGCCAGCCCCUGAGGCACCAUGCGCCUGGGAAGCUUGUAGCUAGGGCUGCUGCAACAAACAGCUGUGCAAGCCUUUGGGAGGCAGAGAUGUGAGAGGGCAUCAGAGGAUAGAAGGAAGGAAAGAGGGACAGAGGCCAGUGUUGCCCUCGGCACCCCUGACCCUCAUUCAAGGCACCACAGGGUGUCACGGCGCACUGGUUGAAAACCACUGGAUUAAGGAGCACAGAAAAGCAAACUGGAACAAUUAAUGAGUUGCAGAGGUUCCAGCACCCAUUAACAAACUAUGACCCUUAUUGCGUGGAACUGAAAUAAGGUGCAGGAGAAUGGAUCGAUGGUUUGCUUUUCCAGAGUUGCUUGAAGUGGAUGAAAUAUUUUUGGUUAAACAUUUUACAUUUCUAAGUUAUCUUAGUAUCACAGCAUUGUGGCUCUGACUUAGAGAAGCAUGAGAUCAGCAGAAGGUUGUACACCACCGAGAAACAGUGACUAACUGCUGCAAUACUAUACCUACUUUCCUGGGAAUGAGCAUCAUUGAACUCUGGAACUUACAUAUGAGUAGCAUAUAUAGGACUGCCCUGCAAUUGUUCAUAGGUUACCAUAUGGUAAUCCCAUGGAAUACUACAUGGGUAACUCAAGGAGUAAAGUCAUAGGAUUGUACAUGUGUUAUUAAGUUUUUGCUCCAGUUCUAUGUGGGGAAACCUGCUUUCACAUGUAUUUUUGUUUACUGGGUCAUGUACACAAAAGUACAUUUUAUAACACCUAAUCGUUUUAGUUUUAGUUAAUAAAGGAAUAUCUUAAGAUCACUUUACUUAAACAGGAGUCUCGGACAUGGCAGUUAUUUUAGUUCUGAACUCUAUGUCAAUCUGAAUAUUUCUUGCCAACGAGCUAAUGUUUCAUUUCAAAAUAAUGCCAGACAGGGUUUUAUUUUUCAUUUUUCACUGUGUUUCAUUUUAAAUAAGCAAAGACCUUACAAAUAUGUAUUAAUGUUAAUGAAAGUUAAGUAAAAGCUAGGAAAUAAUGCCUUCAGCACAUUAUAUUACAUUCUGUUAUUUACUAAAUAGCCACCCUUUUUACCAACAAAAUAAAGAGUUAAUUAUAUCAGACAUGGAUUUACCUUAGCAUUCAUCAGCUGUCAUUUAUGGAACCUGGGGGAUGCAAUUUGAUAUUUGUUCUUUGGUCUCAAAGGCCUUGUCAGAGUAUGGCUGUAUUUUCAGCACUUCCAGUCACUUAGCCUGAGCUAUGUAAAUGUCAGUUCAAACUUAAGGCAGGGAUUAUGAAACAUACAGGAAGGUCUGCUUUUUAUCUUCUUAGGCAGACAAGUGCUUGAAGAAGUCUGAGCCAUAAUACGCCCUCUUGACUCUUGCCCUUGUUGGCUAACGUAUAGUAAGUCAUUGGACAUUGGCUAACCUUAUUAGCAUGGUAGAAAGAGCAUCUUUGUCAGAGGAGGUCUUUCCCCUUCUUUGACAGAGGCAAACACAUUUUAGUAAACCCUACUGACCUAGUUAAUCAUAUGACAGUUUCAAAUAUGCCUGGGGAUGGGCAUAGUAUUCAAAUUGAUGGUGGCUGAUGAACCGAAUACACUUUUAAAUGAAACUAAUAAUGUGGAUCCGUUUCAGAAUGGUUUCAGACCCAGUUUUGAUCCUGAGACUUCUUGGUUGCCAAUCCAUGCUAGAGAGAAGAGGGUAGAUUUUGCAAGGCGCCUUAAAAAAUAAUAAUGCAGGUGCCUGGUGAACAAAACUUGGGAGUGCCACAAUCUGGGGCUACCACAUAAAAAGCCCUGUUAGGGACAAGUAUCAGGGAACUGGGACUGCAGAAAAGUUGGCUGAACUUUACAUUCUGGUAAGGCUUGCCCCUUCAGUUGCUGGUGAAUAUGGAUUGCAUGUCAAAUGAGUAGCUGAACUAGGACAAGUGCCCUCUGUGGCCAUGAUCCAAAUAUUGCUUUAAGAACACAAUUUAUGUUCGUUCUGGCAUUCCCACAGAUUUACCACUAUGCCAUCAGUUUAGAUUUGAAAAUUUUGGUAAAAAUUGCUCAACAUGAUCCCUAUAUGCUUGGUAGGUAAAGGUAAAGGUAGAGGGACCCCUGACCAUUAGGUCCAGUCGUGACCGACUCUGGGGUUGCGGUGCUCAUCUCGCUUUAUUGGCCAAGGGAGCCGGCGUACAGCUUCCGGGUCAUGUGGCCAGCAUGACUAAGCCGCUUCUGGCGAACCAGAGCUGCGCACGGAAACGCCGUUUACCUUCCCACCGGAGCGGUACCUAUUUAUCUACUUGUGCUUUGACGUGCUUUUGAACUGCUAGGUUGGCAGGAGCAGGGACCGAGCAAUGGGAGCUCACCCCGUCGUGGGGAUUCAAACCGCCGACUUUCUGAUUGGCAAGUCCUAGGCUCUAUGGUUUAACCCACAGCGCCACCCGCUUGGUGGCAAGAUAAAUUGCCAUCCAGGCAGCCUGGGCAACUCAUUCACCACCUUUAACCCCAAUGCGUCCAGGAACCCAACAAAACGAUAAUUUGAUAAUCUAGGUAAUGAAGAGUGUCCAGCUUGGAAAAGCUGGCAGGAAGCAGUAGAAAUGAGCUGAAGCUGAACAAGUCUAAGACUAGCAAUGAACCACAGGAAUCCCUGCAAACACCACAGAUUACCCAAAGCCAGGAAUUCAAGGCUUGUGAGAUUGUGAAAAAGUUCCUAAGUAAACAGAUGAUUCAGUUGAGAGCAUUCUUGCUCUAGCUUGGUGCCAGUGUCUGGAUGUUGUUCUCAUGCGGUAUUAUUGAGACUUAAAGGCAUCGCUAAAAAUUGCAGCAUAACAGUUGUGUAAUGAACAAUGUUGGUGGUGUUAUAGUUGCUGAUACCAUUCGAGGGAUAUCACAGCCAUGGUCAUUGGCAAGUAAAUGGCAAGUCCCUAGGACGAAAUGACUUUUUAUGUUCACUCUCUUAUAAAUGGUAUAUUAGCCUGACUUAGAAACAGGCCUUCUCUGUAAGCAGUGACACAGAUGCAACAGAUACAGCCCUUCUCUUUGGAAUAUCCUCUUCCCACAUAUUGUGCAUGUCCUUGACAUUGCUUAUGGUUUGAUGCUGAUUUUAUUUAGCUAGAUUGUGUAUUUUAAUCUUUAUUUGAUUUUUAUAUGUCUUUAACAUUUUAGUGUUGGAAUUUUAUUGGGUGAACUGCUUCAGGGUUCCUUGAAUGGGAGGCAGUCUACAUUGUUUUAAUAAAUAAAAAAUCAGAACUGCUUUCUCUCUGCCUGCAUUGCAUUUGCUGUGAGGAUAAAUUACAAGAUGUAUAAAUUAUUUGGCAGAAUUGAAUAGAAGUAGUUUUAUAUUUACUGUGUUACUCUUAAUACUUCUACGCUCUGACAUAGAUAGAUACAUUAAAUCAGUGCUUUUUUUCUGGGGGGGCGGGGUACGCACACCCCUAAACAUUUUGUGAAUCUAAGUUUGGCCCUAUUGAGGGGCAGUAUUUCAAUGUGAGUAGGAAAAUGGGAGUACCCCUAAACAUUUUUAUAGGGGGGGAAAGCACUGCAUUAAAUAGUAUAAUUUAUGCAUCUACCCAUGUCACAGUAUAGAUAAUAAUUUAUUUUUCUUCAUAUUAAAAACAAACAAACUCUAAUUGUAAGAAAUAAGGUUUGUUCUGCUUGGAGCCAAACAGCAGCAUCCUUUUCGACCUUACCUGUUUUCAAAAUGAUGCCCUAGAGAAUAUGGAGUCAGUCAGAUUACCUGCCUUCUGUUGUCUGGGAUAUCACUCUGGGUGAUCUUUGAUAAGUAUUUGCUAAAUGUAUUUUAUCUUGCAAAAUUGAUUUAUUAAUUAUUAUUAUUUAUCAUCACGAUCAUCAUUAUUAAUUUAAUUUAUUACCAGCUGUUCACCCUAAGGUCGCAAUGCAAAUUACAAUAAUUUAAAAUGCCACAUUAAAAACACUUUAUCUUGAUCGCUGGUGGGCAUCUAGAGUUUGUUGUUGUUUAGUCGUUUAGUUGUGUCCGACUCUUUGUGACCCCAUGGACCAGAGCACACCAGGCACUCCUGUCUUCCACUGCCUCCCACAGUUUGGUCAAACGCAUGCUGGUAGCUUCGAGAACACUGUCCAACCAUCUCGUCCUCUGUCGUCCCCUUCUCCUUGUGCCCUCCAUCUUUCCCAACAUCAGGGUCUUUUCCAGGGAGUCUUCUCUUCUCAUGAGGUGGCCAAAGUCUUGGAGCCUCAGCUUCAGGAUCUGUCCUUCCAGUGAGCACUCAGGGUUGAUUUCCUUCAGAAUGGAGAGGUUUGAUCUUCUUGCAGUCCAUGGGACUCUCAAGAGUCUCCUCCAGCACCCUAAUUCAAAAGCAUAAAUUCUUCGGCGAUCAGCCUUCUUUAUGGUCCAGCUCUCACUUCCAUACAUCACUACUGGGAAAACCAUAGCUUUACCUAUACAGACCUUUGUUGGCAAGGUGAUGUCCCUGCUUUUUGAGAUGCUGUCUAGGUUUGUCAUUGCUUUUCUCCCAAGCAGCAGGCCUCAUUUCAUGUUGGCAUCAAAGAAGGGGAAGGGGAGUGGCAGAGACAAAGGGGCUGGAGGGGUAGCAGAAACAGAGAGCAAAGGGCUAUCUCGCUCAUUUUUGGCUCCAGCCCCACCCACCACCAGCCUGAAUGCUAGGGAUAGAUUCUCCCCAUGGGAAUGUGGCCCUCAAGAGAAAAAAGGUUCCUCUCCUCUAAUCUUGAUAGUUCACCCCGUUCCUUAAAGUGUUAGCCCAGACAGCCAUUAGACUUGCAAUCUUAUUUAGGAAAUUAAGUUUGGCCCUUUGCUAACCUGAUAUCAACAUAUUAAAGAAGGUUUAGAUCUAGAGUUAAUUGAUUUUACUGCCCAUUGGGAACCAGCUGAAUAGUGGCUCAGGAAAUCACAUAUGUUUUUUUAAGGUCACCAUAUAUAUAUAUAUGCCGUAGGUUGUGUCUACUGAGUCUUUUGGCCUCAAGUUGCAACUUGUGGAUUUACAGGCCAGAGCUGAUUCCUGGAACUGACCUGAAUCCUGUAAUUAUGCACCUUGUAACUUCUUUCAAAAACAAGAUUACUAUUUUCAGAUAAGGCAGUAAUGUGCUUGUGCUUUCCCUGCUUUGUGCUUUAGUGUGUGUAUGCAUCUGUGAAAGACUGCAAGCUCAUAUUUUUCUUUUAAACGGGUUUUGAUUUGCGCUCCAUCUCUAAGCCUUAAAAUACCACUAAGCACCCUAGCAAUAUUGCUAUAUUUUAGGUUGGGCUUCCUUUCUGGUUUAAAUAGGAAUCUGGUGGCUAGCUUCCAAAAGUUUAAAGGAUAACAUCAGCCUACUGGUUUGGGAGCUGCUUUUGCAUCCCAUCGUAAUCAGAUGUUGACUAUGAAGGGGAGAGAAUGCCCUAAGAUCAACACCUGCUUUGUGACAGUCUGUUUUAUCUGUAGGUUUUCCUGAAGUACUGCCAUGUACGAAGCAAAAGAAAGACAGAAGUUUAUCAGUGAUGCUCAGUACUUGAGAGAGAUGCAGCACAAGAUGGAUUCAGAGUACCAGGUAGGGCCGUUUAUCCACCGUGUUGCCAUUUCCAUGAAGAACGUAAACACAAAGCUACGAGGGAUGAGGCUAACUUCAUCAGGUGCACCAUCAUUUAAGUCCAGGGCCGGAUUUAGGUUUGAUGAGGCCCUUAGCUCCUGAAAGUAAUGGGGCCCUUUAUAUGUCCAGCUAUCCUUUGGUUUUGGAACAGACUUUGGAACAGAUUACGUUUGAGAACCAAGGUACCACUGUAUAUAAAGGUAAAGGUAAAGGGACCCCUGACCAUUAGGUGCAGUCGUUGCCGACUCUGGGGUUGCGGCACUCAUCUCGCUUUAUUGGCUGAGGGAGCCGGCGUACAGCUUCCGGGUCAUGUGGCCAGCAUGACGAAGCCACUUCUGGCGAACCAGAGCAGCACAUGGAAACGCCGUUUACCUUCCCGCCGGAGUGGUACCUAUUUAUCUACUUGCACUUUGACGUGCUUUUGAACUGCUAGGUUGGCAGGAGCAGGGACCUAGCAAGGAGCUCACCCUGUCGCGGGGAUUCGAACUGCCAACCUUCUGAUUGGCAAGUCCUAGGCUCUGUGGUUUAACCCACUGUGCCACCCACGUCCCAUACCACUGUAUAUAGAAAAGAGCAAAUUAGUGAUAUUUUAGGGAGCAGGCUAGCAGGCAGGGCCCAUUGCUUACAUCAUAGGAGCCUACACAACACAAUACACUGUUGCUGUAUGUAGGUUUUAUUUUAUUUAUUUUUUAUCUCAUAUUUUGUAAAUGUACAUCCAGGUUUUUUCCCCUUUAAUUUUUUGGGGGGCCCCAAGAGAGUGGGGCCCUAAGCUAUAGCUUGUUUAGCUUAUACGUAAAUCCGGCACUGUUUUAAGUCCCUCACAUAAACCUCUUUUCAGACAAAGUUGUGCUUGUUUCUUAGGCUUGCCUGAGAAAACAAGAACAGACUAAAGAGCAGUCUGAGAAGAAACGAGAACAACACGCCAGACAAGAACUGAGACAGACAAAUAUAUCGUCCAUCUCUGCUGUGCGUACUUAUGAAAGGCCAUGGAUUUCCAGAGUCCCCACUAAUAGACAGGUAGCUAUUUGUUAAUUUCAGAGAUAAAAAUCAAGUGCAAGAGAAGAGUAAUCUGAUAAUGCCCCCUAGCCACUCCAGCGUUCAGGACUGCCUCAACCCAUCUGGUUGUUAAACAAAGAACAUAUCAGGAAAAGGAGCUCAAUAGAAAAAAAAAUAUGGCUGCUAGGAAUUUGUUAUCUAAUGUUUUCCCCAUGUAAGUACCUGUGACAAAUAAGAUGCACUGUAUAACAUUUAUAUUUAUCCUGGGGACUGGGUGAUUAUUCAUAUGCUUUCAUCAAGCGUUUUCUUUCUGGAGAAAUACUCUAGUAUAUACUUAAUUAGCUUUUCUUUGCCUUCUGAACCAAUAUGCCAGCCUGCAAAUGUACAUAACUAUCUACUGUUUUAUCUGCUCUUUGCAAAGCCUUUGUUAUUUCCUCAACAUCUGCAUUCAUUAUUUUUCAAUGCAUUCAUUGUACAGUUUUGAAAAUGAAAUAGGCUAAUUUUACACAUUUGCCUAAUUUAAGACAGUAUCCCUCUUCUGAUAGCAGAGUAAAAGUUAAUCUGUUCACACCAUGAAACCUUAAACAAGCCUAUCUCGGCUUGAAUUCGAGUGGAGGAAAGAUCUGAUCGAAUUCAAUUGAACACUGGUGAGGGUUCAUCAUCGAGCCCACCUAGUGGCAGUGAAGGCAGCAAAGAAGGCAUACUUUGCUGCUUCAUUGCAUCCUCACUAUGCCAUCCAGUAGAGCUUUUCCGGGUACAGUGGUACCUCGGGUUACAAAUGCUUUGGGUUACACGUUUUCAGGUUGUGGACCGCGGGAAACCCGGAAGUACCAUAAAGGGUUACUUUCAGAUUUCGCCGCUCGCGCAUGCACAGAAGCUCUAAAUCACGCUUCGCGCAUGCGCAGAAGCACCAAAUCGCAUCACGUGCGUGCGCAGAUGCAGUGCUGCAGGUUAUGAACGCUGUGGGUUGUGGACGUGCCUCUGUCAUGGAUUACGUCCGCAACCCGAGGUUCCACUGUAGUGUGAAGCCCCUUACAGUCUGGCCCAAAGGAGGUGGUGGAACCAAUGGUAGCUCACUGUGACUUGUUUGCAAAUCAUUUUGAGGACAAAAUCACUUGCAUCCACUGGGAUCUUGACUCUGCUGUUAUAGCAGAUGAAUCUCAAAGGUUGUCCAGAGCACUGUCUAGUCCUGUUGUGUUGGGUGAGUUUCAGUUAGUAAAGCUGGAAGAAAUGGACAAGGUGCUUGGAUUGGUCAGGGUGACUACUUGCGCUCUGAACCCUUGCCCAUCUUGGCUGAUAAAAACUAGCAGGGAGGGGACAGCUGACUGGACCAGGGCGGUGAUUGAUACCUCCUUGCCAGAGGGUGUGGUCCAACAACUCCUCAGGAAACCAUCCCUGGACUCAGGCAAUCUACGUAACUACUGGUGAGUUGCUUAUCUCCCUUUUGGGGCAAGGUUCUUGAGCAGGUGGUUGUGGACUAGAUCCAGGUGCUCUUGGAGGAAACUGAUAUUUUAGAUCCAUUUCAAUCCAUUUCAAUCAAUCCAGUUAAGACUGAGACACUGUUAGUGGCUGGUUCCCUGGGCUAGAUCGAUUUGAGGUUGCCUCCUCUUGAUAGGGUUACACUCCCUCUGAAGGAGCGGGUAUGUAGCUUGCAAGCACUCCUGGAUUCUUUGCUGUUGCUUGAGGCUUAGGUGGCCUUGAGGCUUAGGUGGUGGAUCUUCUGCGCCUCCAUCUGGACAGGGAUAGCCUAAUUACUGUUGCCUAUACUCUAAGUAACCUCCAGGUUAGAUUACUGCAAAGCUUUGUGUGUAGGUCUGCCUCUGAAAAUGGUUCAGAAACUUCAGCUGGAGCAGAAUUUGGCAGCCAGGUUGCUCACCAGGGCAAGAUGGUUUGAACAUAUUACACCGAUCCUGGACCGACUGCAUUGGCUGCCAAUUAGCUACCAGGCCCAAUUCAGAGUGCUGGUUUUGACCUAUAAAGCCUUAAACUGAUAACCUCAGAUGAACGACAGUAUAGAUUUUUAAAUAAUAAUAAUAAUAAUAAUAAUAAUAAUAAUGUUAUCCAUUGGCAUUUGCACUUUCUUAAUGAUCUGGUACAGUUCUCAGCUCUAAAGGAUAGCAAAAUACACAUUUAAAAGUGUGUUUUGAGAUAAAAUUUAUUUAGUGCAGAUGAUGUGGAUCUGGUCAGAUCUUACUGGAAUUCACAAAAAAUAAAUUCUUCAGGCAUCUCUAGUACAGAGUACUACUCACUACUAAGUAGCCACAAUAAGCUUCUAAACAUUGAAGGCUAAAUAAGAGGCUUCUUCUACUGGGAUGUAGCUUUUGCAUUGGUAAAGAAGAUUCUGUUAAUAAAUUAACUAAUUUUCACCUUGGCAGACCUCCUCCGAAGAAUCUUCUGGAUGUGAACUGAAAUCUGCUAUUAAGCCUCUUGGGAACAAAGGAGAAGCUAAAUUUCCUGCCAUUGACAAAACAUCUGUUAAGCAGAAGCAGAAAUCAAGCACAUGCGCCAAAAAAACAGAAAAAAGUGGACCUGGCACCAAAAAAGAUUUUUCAGGUGCGUAUGGAGAAAGUUCUCAGCUAUUCAUUGAAAGAAACGGAUGUGUGGAGCUGGAGCCAGUGAUGUUCACAAGCUCAAGGGGUCCUAGAGAGGACAUACGAUAUUUGAAGGCUUCUAGGUGAGCAAGCAGGGGACGCGGGUGGCGCUGUGGGUUAAACCACAGAGCCUAGGACUUGCCGAUCAGAAGGUCGGCGGUUCGAAUCCCCGCGGCGGGGUGAGCUUCCAUUGCUCGGUCCCUGCUCCUGCCAACCUAGCAGUUUGAAAGCACCUCUGGCGGGAAGGUACACGGCGUUUCCGUGCACUGCUCUGGUUCGCCAGAAGCGGCUUAGUCAUGCUGGCCACAUGACCCGGAAGCUGUAUGCCGGCUCCCUUGGCCAAUAAAGCGAGAUGAGCACCGUAACCCCAGAGUUGGCCAUGACUGGACCUAAUGGUCGGGGUCCCUUUACCUUUACCUUUACCUUUACCUAGGUGAGCAGGCAAGGAUUGGAGUCAAAAGAGUUAAAUCCAAUAAGGCAGCCAAACCCAGCUCAGUACAGAUGUUACAGAGGUGCUCUUGCUGACAGAUGCAUCUGACCUGGAAGAUUUUGUUCAACAUGCUGUAGGCAGGGUUAAGCUCCCUCUGAAGGAGGAGGUUUGCAGUCUGGAGAUGCUGUUAGAUCUGUCUUUGGAUUCCUUGGCGGAACCUUAAAUGCAAAGCCCCUUUCAUCAUCUGAGGCUACUGCGCCAGUGGCAACCUCUCCUGCACAGAGAUAACUGGGGCACAGCUAACCAUCCCCUGGGGACGCUUGAUAAGGACUGCUGGAGUACAUUACGCAGGGCGUUGCUUCUGACAAAUGUUCAGAACAACAAAUACUUCAAAACAUGGUGAUUGGAUUGCUAACUGGGAACCAGGAGUGGUAAAUUUAUGUAUGCCACCUCCCAGUGGAUUUCCAAGCGCAAAUCAAAGUUUGGUUUCAACUUCUGCCCCAAAACCGUUUGAGUCCCCUUUAGGAUGGCCUUCUGCCACAUGAACUUGCCUAAGUAUUAUGCUCAUCCCCAGGGAUUCUUCUCUGCUCCCACAUCAUCACUACCAGAAGUUAGGUAGGUGAUCACUAGAGAUGGGACCUUUUAAUUUCCGUGUCCGAUUUUUAGAACUCCCUCACAAGGGAGGAUUGCCUGGUGUCAAGCCUUAUUUAUUUUUAGUGUCUUUAAAUCCACCCAGGUCUUUUAGAUUGAUCAGUUUGUUUGUUUUAAGGCUGGAAUAGUAUUGAUUUUUACUGCUGUGCUGUUUGACAUUAGUGUUUCAUUUCACUGUGUAUUUGUCAUUAGGGAUGGGAUGGUAAUUUGAAGCAGUGGAACUUGACUGUGUUCCUUCCAGUAGCACCUUUGUUGUUGUUGUUGUUUAGUCGUUUAGUCAUGUCCGACUCUUCGUGACCCCAUGGACCAGAGCACACCAGGCACUCCUGUCUUCCACUGCCUCCCGCAGUUUGGUCAAACUCAUGCUGGUAGCUUCGAGAACACUGUCCAACCAUCUCGUCCUCUGUCGUCCCCUCUCCUUGUGCCCUCCAUCUUUCCCAACAUCAGGGUCUUUUCCAGGGAGUCUUCUCUUCUCAUGAGGUGGCCAAAGUAUUGGAGCCUCAGCUUCACGAUCUGUCCUUAGAGCACGAUCUGUCCUUAGAGCAUACAGAUAUCUGAAGAAGUGAGCAUGCACAUGAAAGCUCAUACCAAUAACAAACUUAGUUGGUCUCUUAAGAUGCUACUGGAAGGAUUUUUUUUUAUUUUGUUUUGACUACGGCAGACCAACAUGGCUACCUACCUGUAACUAGAACAAUUGAGGUGGACAGCCUGUCUCAAACAAGCUUUUUUCAACUGUGCUCACACACGGCCCCUGCCUUACAUUUUGCUGCCUUCCACCCCCUUACCUUAGAGAAAGAUUAUCUCACCUUGGGGAAGAGGUAACAAAAAAGAAUAGCUAUGAAACAUACCCUAUUCUUCUACAUGCCCCCACUCACCUUGCCCCUCUGUUUUAGCAUUACCAUGCAGGGAGGAAAUAAAAACCCAGGGUUUAGAAAGCACAGUUGGUUUAAGAGAACAGUUUCAAGUCCUUACAAAUUCACUCAUAGAAAGUGAAGUUUUACACAUAGAAAGUGCAAGCUAAGACAUGUACUCCCUGUGCCGUGUCCCGUGUGCAAAUGUUAUGCAGUCUCAUAUAUUGUGCUCUCUUACAACUUAGUCUCCAUGGACCCACGAUUCAUAAGCCAGAGGUUCCUUAAAAAAAUAUUUGCAUAAAACAAUGUUUAUCAGCUUUCCAGAAGCCAAUUUUAUCAAGAAGACAACGAUUGAACCAGAGAAGUUUUCUGGAAAACACAGACACUGAGAAUAUGAAAAGAGUGGAAGGAAGAGGGAGGAAAACACCAGUGCUACACGGAAUAGCAAAGACUACCAAGAGUGCUGGUGAGGAACUCUUUUUCCACAUUGCAUUAAGUUUAUACCUCCUGUUUAUAGAAGUCAUCCCUGGUCCAGAGCUCCAUCUUUGUUUCACGGCAUAUGUGGAACUAUUAUGUGAGUGAGUUCUCACCUGAUUGAAGCUGAAGUUGUUUAGAUUGAAUUCAAAGGAGGGUUUGGUUUGAACAUCAAAGCUGCUGCACCUUGAUGUUGGCCUUUUGUUGAAGUGGUUUGAGAGAUCACAGCUCAGCUGGUCGAAAAGUGUGCAUGGAGCGCCAGCAAUACAAAGGCCUCGUCUGUGGACAGGGAAAGGCUCCGUGCAUGCAGUGGGGAUCUACCAUGUAUGUAGAGAGGAGAACAAGAAAUGGGGCUUAGCUUGUUCUCACUGCCAUGUGUGUGCGUGUGUGUGUGUCUGUAUACACAAACACACACAUGCAGAUACUUAAAAUGAUUAAUGGGCAAGCAGCUGCUAUUAGAAGCUGCUAAAACAAGUGAAGCAGGCUUCUACCACCCCCCUUUGUUGGCCCCCUUUUGUACAGUUCCCAAAAUACUGAUUCUGGAUUAGAGCUGUCAGGGAACUGACAUCGGAGCUUGAGGCGGAGGGAAGGCUCUCAAAUGAUGCUGGAGAAGGGCCCAGCAGGGAGAGAGGCAGCUCCGCAGAGGGGGAAGCUAAUCAGCGCAACACCAGGGAAAGAGAGGGGCUGAUGGGGAAUCGGCGAGAGGGCUCCAAGACUCUUCACCGGACACCAGCGGGGAGAGCACGGGUCCUCCGCUACCCACGCCCACCCUGCGCAGAAGACUUCCGCGCAGAGAGAGUAGGAGGAGACUGGGUGUCAAGCAACUUUUAUGUUGGAAAAGAUUUAAGAAACGCCCACUGACGGAUUCUGCUAGCGACUGAGGCAGCCACGAAUUGAAGGGCUGUCCAGACAGAAAGGUUUAACAAGGCAACAUAGCAGGGAGAGAGGCGGCAACUUACGCACGAGCAACCCCAUACCAUUAUAAGAGCUAAUAAAAAUAAGGCAUCAUUGUUUUGUAUUAAUAAUAAUAAUAAUAAUAAUAAUAAUAAUAAUAAUUUAUACCCUGCCCUCCCCGACCGAGACCAGGCUCAGGGCGGCUAACACCAAAUAUGUAAAAUACAUUGAAAACACAAAAUCAAACGAUUAGUUUAAAAUACAAUUCGAAACACAUUUAAAAUCAAAAUAAAAUUAAGUGGGAACCCACGAAUCAUAACCCUAGGGGUAAGGAAUUAAAAUUUCACCAGUUGUGCUGGUCCCAUAUGGGCCGAUAGAAAUAGCCAAAGAGGCCACUUACAUGCAGUGCCCCAUAGAGAGACACUGUACACAGAUGUUUUUGCAAGAGGCAAACAGAAAGGUUUAUUUUAAGGCAAUACAGUGAGUUCAUGGUGAAGAAGGGAACUGAAGUUGUGUCUUUUCAAGCAUAGUUCAUUGGACUAUGCUGAAUCUAAAAACAACAACAAACCAUACAGAUGUCUUUUUCCAAUGAGCCUUACAGGGUUUGGAUAAAUCAUUGGAAAAGUCUUUUCCGAAGAGCACUCCACUUCUUUCAUUAGGGAGAUUCAAAGAAAAGAUAGGUCUCUCUCCCAUUUUGCAGGAAGCCCCAAUUUGCCAAAAGGCUAAAAGGAAGCCUCACUCCAUUUCCAGAUACAGUGGUGCCUCGCAAGACGAAAUUAAUCCGUUCCGCGAGAGUCUUCGUCUAGCGGUUUUUUUGUCUUGCGAAGCAAGCCCAUUGACGGAUUAGCGCUAUUAGCGCUAUUAGCGGUUUAGCGGCUAUUAAAGGCUUAAAGGCUUAGGGGAUUAGCUGCUAAAAGGCUAUUAAAGGCUAUUAAAGGCUUAGCAGAUUAGAUAAAGGGGAAAAGCGAACAAAUGCUCAAGACUCGCAAGGUAUUUUCGUCUUGCGAAGCAAGCCCAUAGGGGAAUUCGUCCUGCGAAGCAACUUCAAAACGGAAAACCCUUUCGUCUAGCGGUUUUUCCGUCUUGCGAGGCAUUCGUCUUGCGGGGCACCACUGUACCACAUCUAUAAAUUUAAGGGGCAGUAUAGCCAUUUUUAAAGAAAUUGUUUGGGGUGGGGGGCUUAAGGGGAGGAGCCGUGCAAUCCCCAUGUGGAUCUGGGGAAUAUAAUUGCCACUGGUGGUUCUUGUGUGAUCAGUUUGCGGACAUGACUAAAACUGAAUAAAGUGCUUUGGCAAAGAAAUUCUGAAAGCAACUCUUGCUCUCAAUGCAGACUCGCAAGAUGUCGCAGGACAAAGAAGUGGCCCUGUUCUCAAGACUAAGAAGAAAGCUCCAGAAAAGAGGACCUUAAUCCAGACCUCCAAACUAAACAUAGACAGCAAAAGCCUAGACAGGGAUCUCAAAAAAGGAAGUGUUCUAACAGCAGCUCAGCAGCCCCCAACUACUGUAAUGGAUUCUACUGUUCAGGUUGCUAAUGGUCCUUCGUUAUCAAGUGAGCCCAGCAACUCCAACCUUCCCCCCAUUAAAAAUACUCCCAUAAGGCCCAGAGAAGACGAUUUUUAUGCAUUGUUGUGUGCAAAUGUGGAAGGUUCUACCGAAGAGAAUGAUGACGCUGAAGACGUUAACGAGAUAGAAGAAGAGUUUCUUUCCUAUGAUAUCAGUAAGUCUCCUCCUCCUGAUCAGAACAACAGAGUCAGUGGGAUGCCCGUCACACAGGCCGAGCAGCCAAACUGUGAUAUGGGAGUUGGGGGUGACAUUAGGCGGGCUGAGCUUUCCCACAGAUUGCCACGGCAACACAGUGGAGCAGUGGAGGCAGCAGCUGAACAACCUUCAGCGGGCCAAAGGAAGACCAGAGACCAAAGGAACCCUCAUGUUCUUGAAGAAAACAACCUUUCGGAAGAGGCCCACAAAAACGAAGGUGAGAAUUCCAAAAGCCCACAUGCUGAAAGCAGACCCAGAAGCGCAGCAGCCAAUGAGACCAUUGGCAAUUUAAGUUCUACAGAAGACUGGUCAGGGAACAACGGCUGUGGUAGAGAAAGACAAGGUUUUGAGACCAAUCAAAGAUGUUACACUGGACUCAUUAGUUCAGCUAGGCCAGCAGUUCAGAGGCCUCCUAUGCGUUCCGCAUUUAAUAUCCCAGGAUCCUUAGCACAACCUAUAAACAGAACUGAAACAACAAGCAAUGUGGAUGCUGCUGCAGCUUCUAUGCAAACCACAGAGCUGAGUGGAAGCCCCAGGUUCACUGUUCGUAGACAGCUAUCUCCUAUAAGAAUCAGGGAGUCCUUUUCAGCUACUGAAAGUUGUCAGUCUUCAUCACCUACCAUCAGCACCUUUGAGGACAGUAGCCUGCUGGAAGAUAGUAUAAGCAAUGGUCUAAGCAGCCUUUCCCCAAGCACCACUUCUCAUGAUGAAGACAAUUUUCUGAAUUCCCACAGCUCCUCCUCAUCCACAGAUUCUUCCCAUCCAUCUCUUUUCCGGGCAAACUUCACAGCACAUCUUCACAUGGCUGGCCCUCUCCCCGAUCAAGUACCAAUUUUCUUGACGGUAUCUGAUUUGCGAAAUCAGAGCAGUUUUGUGAGCAGUACAACCACUUGCAGUUCACCAAAUAUGAAGGAGAUUAGUAAGCCCGAGACAGAUCCUGAGAAACUAAAGAAGUUGCAAGAGAGGUAAGCAGUCUAUAAUUGGAGGGGCAGUUAUGACAAAUGUACUUUUUCAGUCUCAAGAUACGUCAUUAGGAGCGGAAUUUGCCACUGAAGUCCUUUGCCUGGUCUGAAGCCAUUUUGAGGCAGUUAAAAACCUGUACUUAGUGCUAGAGUUCAACUCAGGAAACCUUGGAAUGGGAUAAUGUCUAUUUCUAUUUAUUUAUUUUCGGCAUUUAUAAAAUGCCAUUCACCAGUAGCCCAAGGGCACGGCACCUACAUAGAUAAAACAAUAUAACAUCAAAGUAUAAAACGUUAAAAAUCGUGAUUAAACACAUUUAACAGGAGCAGACAAGCUUCCAACAGCACAGCCCCUGCAGCCCUAUUCUUCUGCAAAUGCUCAAUUAAGAGGUCCAUCUUUAGUUGCUGAUUAAAGGACUAUAGUGUCAGAACAAGAUGCACCUCUUAUACCUACAGCCGGGGGCCACUCCCAAGCAGUCACUCUCAUAGGCCACUGUUGCCCAUACCUCACUUUGUGGUGGAAUUGUAAGAAAAGCCUCUCUUGCUGGUCAUAAUAACUGAGCUGAUUGAUACAGGAGCUCUUUUAGACAUUUGGGACCCAGGUUCUGUGGGACUUUAUCAUUCAGCACUGAAUGGAGUAGGCCUCCAGGGUUGAUUUCGAACCGUUAGAGAAUCACCAGCUAAGCUGGUGCCAAUUACUAGCUUUCUUUUGGACCACAUCAGUCUUGUCAUCUGGUUAGCCCAGAACCUUCAUACACACUGCCCAAGCUUCCCCCCUGGUGAGGUCACUUUGGUGCCGCCAGCGCAGCACAAACAACGCGGGAGAUAGCAGUUACAAGUUACGGGCCUCUUCAGCCACAGCAGGCGCUGCGAAUCACAGUCCAGCAUCUGAACUGCCUUUCCUGAUACAGAUUAGAGUGUCAUCAGUGACACCUCGCUCCAAAUCAUCUGAUUAUGCAUGUCUCUCAGUGGUCUCACAUAGGUAAGAAGAAAAAAAUAUGGGGAUGUUUGUAAUCUUCCGGCCUACAUAGAAUCAUAGAAUUGCUUGUUGGCAGGUAUAUUACUCCUACAGUAUUAUACUAAGCUUUUCUAGCAAGUUACAUUUCAAUCUAAAUUGAAAUAGAUCACAAACAGAAAGAGCUACCUGCGUGGCAGAUCAGAGGUGGGGCAAGGCAGUGAUAGGAAGAAACUCACGUUAGAGACGGCCUUGGAAGUGUUGCUGUGAUAUUCCUUAAUUGGUCUAGCAGUAGGGGAACACCCUCCCUUGCCUCAGUUAUGCAUAUCCAUUGAACUGAGUAUACCGUAUUUUUCGCUCUAUAAGACGCACCAGACCACAAGACGCACCUAGUUUUUGGAGGAGGAAAACAAGAAAAAAAAUAUUCUGAAUCUCAGAAGCCAGAACAGCAAGAGGGAUCGCUGCGCAGUGAAAGCAGCAAUCCCUCUUGCUGUUCUGGCUUCAGGGAUAGCUGCGCAGCCUGCAUUCGCUCCAUAAGACGCACACACAUUUCCCCUUACUUUUUAGGAGGGAAAAAGUGAGUUUUUGGCCUACAACUCCCAUGAUCCCUAGCUAGCAGGACCAGUGGUCAGGGAUGAUGGGAAUUGUAGUCUCAAAACAUCUGGAGGGGCGAGGUUGAGGAAGCCUGGUCUAGUAGGACCAUCUCACCCACCAUGUGAGAGGGGAAUUUAGAAGGAAUCCUUUUGCUUUCUUCCCUCCCACCCCAGUCCAUAAAUUUUACUUUUCAAAUACAUUACAAGCAUGCUCUAUUGAAGGUCAUUCCUCCAGACCACUGUUUUUGAUUUAUGGAACCUCUGCUGUAUCUCCAGUCUCCUAGCAGAAGACUCUGAAGAGGAGGGAGAUCAGUGUCGGAUAUGUCAGAUUGCUGGGGGAUCCAUAACCAACCCACUGCUGGAACCGUGCGGGUGUGGCGGGACUCUUCGAUUUGUCCAUCAGGAAUGUCUAAAGACCUGGUUAAAGGCUAAGAUCAAAUCAGGUGAGUUUGCAAGUUUAAGCAAAGAAAGAACAUUAGCAUGUAAUUUAGUUUAAAAUUCCAUCAUGGCCCAGACACACUGUAUGUACCGACAUCAAAGCAAAACUAGAUUUAGAAAUUCUUGACUGUUCCCUUUCUACUCUGGCAACAACCAAAACUGACAGAAAUAUGACUUGCUCAGUCUUGAACUAGGCUGCUCAUCAGGUGCUAUGUACAUGUCUGGGGAAACCUUCUUAUAACUCCCACUAAGAGAGGGCUGAGAAUACCUCAGCAAAAAUGUUAUGUGCUUUUAUUCAUACUGAGGUUGCAAUCUGAUACCCACUUACUUGGGAGUAAGCUCCAUUAAACUCAGUAAGACUUUACUUCUUAGUAGACAUGUCUAGGUUUGAGCUGUCAGAAAGAUGUCUCAAUAAGCAUGCCUAAACUCCACCAAAAUCAGUUGGAGAAAGGCCACAAUUGUGGAAUGUUUUAUAUGAGAGAAAAAUGCAUAUAACUGGACUUCUAUAGGUUCAAUUCACUUAAAACUACAGUCAUACCUCGGGUUGAAUGUGCUUCAGGUUGAGCGCUUUCGGGUUGCGCUCCGCGGCAUCCCGGAAGUAAUGGAGCGCGUUACUUCUGGGUUUCGCCGCUCGCGCAUGCGCUGACGCUCAAAAUAACGUCACGCACAUGUGCGGAAGCGGCAAAACGCAACCUGCGCACGCACCGAUGCGCCGUUGUGUCUUACAUUCCAUUCAGGAUGCGAACGGGGCUCCGGAACGGAUCCUGUUUGCAUCCUGAGGUACCACUGUAUUUGGUUAAAAUAUAUAGUGUUUUUCAACAGCAGAAAAGUUAUCAGAGUGUUUUAUGUGUUGCAAGAUGGUUUACUAACAUGCUUUAGUAAAAGAGUCUCAGCAAGGAGGGACUUUUACAUGUAGUUCUGCCAAAGGAAUAUCCUCCCGUAUUCUCUGCCUACUCAGAGUAUGUAUUGGCUUUGGAGACUGGACAAAAAACCAGCCCUUCGUAACUACCAAACCCGUAAUUUCAUUACCUUUGUUUCUGCAUAAAACUCGUGAGAAAUGGCCCCAUGAAAGUGGAACAAUUUAAAGUAAAACAGCUUUUGAAAAUGCUUCCCCUCCCCCAAAGAUACUUGUGUAUAUGAUGUAACAGUGGAAAUAACUACACUUAUUAUUCUUCAAUGAUAUCAUCCUUGCUAGUCUGGUCUAUGCUGGGGUUAAAUGGUAUAACAAGGUUACAUCAGGCAAAAGCAGGGAGAAUGAGUCAUGUAAUACCUUACUGGAAUGGAAAAGCAUGAUAGAACAGGCAAAGAAAAAGUAACUAGGAAUGACUUUCUUUAGCUUCAGCACAUCAAAAAGGAUAUCAAAACCAAGAAAACAACAGGCUGUGAUGCGUAUGUGCUUUCUCUGAGAAAAUGCUUCCAAAUUUUGUAAAUUGUACACCCAAACAGUACAUGCACACUUAAAAUAAAUAUAAUGAAAGCAAGCAUCCUUGUGUUCCAACCAGGUACCACAGCUUAAUGGUUUAUGGCUGGUGUCAGGGAACUGCCAUCAGCUCAGAGGCGAGAGGUGGAAGGGCAGUUGUGUUACAGGGAGCCUCCGAAGAUCUUGCGAAGCAGUUCCUCCUCCGGCGAGGAGGGAAGACCCGCCUCCAGUGGGGAAGGGGCGCAGGGAUCAGAAGAUGCAAGGGAGAGCCUCAACAGCGAGCCUGUGCAAAGCGGAGGGGAGGCAAGUCCCCCUUUGCGCAGUAGGUUUGCGCGCAGAGAGGGGAGGAGAAGGGUGGGGGACACACGACUGUUAUGCUGGGGAAGGUAUAAGGACCGCCCACUCCCAGAUUCUGCUAGCGACUGAGCAGACAUGGACUUGCGACGCUCUGCACUGUAAAUAGUUUGUACAGAUAAUAAAGCCUGGAGAAGACAGGUCGGAGUCUUGCCUGUUUGCUCUCGAGCAACCACACCAGCACCUGACAGUUGGGCUAGUUGAUCUUGUCACUGAACGUCUACUGAUGAAGAGCAUCAGCAGCAGAUGACUAGGAAAAGAGAUCUUGCAAUGUUCACACCUUGUUUGGGUUUCAACAGAGGCAUCAUGCACAGAAAUGAACAGGGCUAAGCAGGAGUUCAUUGGUUCUCCAGUGUAUCACCCAGCAAACAAAUAGGGACGGUGCUGCCCAGGUGCUUGGAAACAAAUCUAACAAAUUUAAGCUUGUGACUUUAUUUGUGGCUGGUUAGAAUUCCCCCACUGCACCUCUGCAGGACCAUUUGUUCCCCACAAAGGUGGGGGGGCGGGGAGAGAAAUAUCAGCAGGUUUUGUGGGGACAGGCAAAAGUUGCAGCACUUUUUGGGCUUGGGGGGGGGAGGGAUUCUGGUUCUUGUCUUCUCUCCUUUAACUUAAAGCCAAGCUGCCGCUGCUGCUGCUGCUGCUGCUCCAAGGUGUGCCUUGUCUGCUCAGCAGCCUUGCCUGUUGCCCUCAAGUGUGACAGAGAACAUAGAAUCAUAGAAUUGUAGAGUUGGAAGGGACCUCAGGGUCAUCUCAUCCAACCCCCUGCAACGCAGGAAUCUUUCACCCAAUACAGUGGUACCUCGGGUUACAGACGCUUCAGGUUACAGACGCUUCAGGUUACAGACUCCGCUAACCCAGAAAUAGUACCUCGGGUUAAGAACUUUGCUUCAGGAAGAGAACAGAGAUUGUGUGGCGGUGGCGCAGUGGCAGCGGGAGGCCCCAUUAGCUGAAGUGGUGCUUCAGGUUAAGAACAGUUUCAGGUUAAGAACGGACCUCCAGAACGAAUUAAGUUCUUAACCCGAGGUAUCACUGUACAGGGAUCGAACCCACAACCUUGAGAUUAAGAGUCUUGUGCUCUACCAACUGAGCUAAGCAUGGUCCCAUUGUGCUGAAGUAAGUUUCAGCUCCAGUCUGGUCAGUUUUGAGACAUGGAAUUGGGGUGGGAGGUGCCAUCUUGUCUUUUGCCUUAGGCAGCAAAAUGUCUUGGGCAAACCCCAAUAAGAGGCUUAGCAGCCUCCCAAGCUUUAGAUCAAAUGAACGUCUCACAAAAGAUGAACGUUGCCCUGUGAAAAUUUCCAAAACAAAAGUAGUUCAAGAGAUCUUUUUCUCAGACAUAUGAUUAGAUCAGGGGUCAGCAACCUGUGGCCCAUGGGCCACAAGCGACCCACUGGGGUCAUUUAAAUGGCCCCGAACCAAGCCACCCGCUUGGCGAGUCCCCACACGCUGCGCUAAACCGGCAGAGUGGGGACUUGCUUCUGCGGCACCGAAAAUUGCAUCUGUGCAGACGCGAUCUGGCCCACAGAGCCGGUGCUCGGUUUCGAGUGUGCUGCGCACUCGCCUCCUGGCACUACCGCCCUGAACGGGGGUUGGCCGGCGCUCGGUGCCCCACUCCCCAAGCUGCCACUGGCACUCAGUUUCAAGCGUGCUGCUUGCCCGCCUCCCGGCACUCCUGGCAUCACCUCCCCAAGCUGGCACCGAUCACCCCCAUCCCCCGUUCAGGGCAGUAGUGUCGGGAGGCGGACACGCAGUGCUCAGUUCCAAGUAUAAGCCACACUUUAACUUUUCACAGUUGGAAUUUGGGGUGGGGGGAAAAGUGUGGCUUAUAUUUGGGCCAAUACGGUAUAUGCUACUCUCUGUCCUCAUUUGCAAGUAGGGUGGAGUACCCAAUCCAAAUACAGUGUACUGAGGUCAGAAAAUCCUGCUGGUACCUCUGGUGCCAAAUAUUGUAUCACAAGGUAUACACAGAGCCUUGAACAGAGCAGAUUUCUGGAGCAGUAUUCAGUGGAAUGUGGGAUUUUUCAACCUACAGCAAGUAUGUGCUGCAUAUAAGAUAAAGCAAAGAAUUUUUGUUCUUCAGGUGCUGAACUUGGCGCAGUGAAAACAUGUGAACUCUGUAAGCAGAGCCUUACUGUAGAUCUGGAUGAUUUUAACGUGAAUGACUAUUACAGGAAUCAUCAGCAGUCUCGGGUAAGAAACCAAAUGGGCACGCAAGCAGACAACAAGGCACGCUUGAAAAGCCUCAGACCUAGGGGGCAAAUGCAGCCAUUCAGGACUCUCCCCAAACCAUGCACCCUCUUCAAAUUGUCCUCCUCAGACCCUUCACUGCCUCUUAUCUGUGUCCUCUCAAGGGUUUCUGCCUGGCUGAAAUAUGUCCUUGAACUGCAGCCAUGCCCAAUAGCUUGGAUGGAGAAUGGUAUGUGUGUGUACACACACGCAUAGAAGGAAACUUCUGGGUUUUUGUGGCUGGGAUGUGACGUUGCUCCACCCAGCAACGCCAUGCAGAACCCACAGAGUUCUGUGUGAGGCAGAAAAAUGUUCCCCAUCCCUGCAGGUAGCAAUGCAAAAAGUUCUGAAAUCUGCAGGGAGCCUCCAUGAAUAGAAAAGGCCCCCGUGCUUCAGAAGCUCAUGGAAGGCAACCGGGGUCAUGUGGAGUUGCUCAUCCAGUUGUGGCAGAAACUCAAAAGCCUUUCUCUCCCUACAUACAGGCCCAGGAUGAACUGAUGAACUCAGGCCUUUAUCUUGUUCUGUUGCUUCACCUGUAUGAGCAAAGGUUUGCAGAACUCAUGAGAUUAAACUACAACCAAGCCUCCAGAGAUCGGGUAAGAGGAGAAAGAUACCUAAUUCCGUUUCAUUGUUUAUACACAGCAACCUAGGUUCACUAGCUUCCCAUCAGUGAGCCUCCCAUUUGCUGUGAUAAGUUAUGUAUGCAGUGUUUGAUGUAAAAGUGACCCAAACUCUUAGGGCCAUGUUCCAAGGAGCAGAAAUUGGCCUCUGUCCCCUGUGGCAUGUUUAUUGCAUCUUCCCUUUGCUGCUUUAAUAUUUUCUGCUGAAAAUACUAGGGUACCUAAACUGGUAAAGGGUGAAGCAGCUGUGAGAUGAAUCGCAUCAUGCCAUUAGACUAAACUGCCCUACUAUGCUGGUUGUGGGUGGGGAUGCGGGUGGCGCUGUGGGUUAAACCACAAAGCCUAGGACUUGCCGAUCAGAAGGUUGGCGGUUCGAAUCCCUGUGAUGGGGUGAGCUCCCGUUGCUCGGUCCCUGCUCCUGCCAACCUAGCAGUUUGAAAGCACGUCAAAGUGCAAGUAGAUAAAUAGGUACCGCUCCGGCGGGAAGGUAAACAGCGUUUCCGUGUGCUGCUCUGGUUCGCCAGAAGUGGCUUAGUCAUGCUGGCCACAUGACCCGGAAGCUGUAGGCCGGCUCCCUUGGCCAAUAAAGCAAGAUGAGCGCCGCAACCCCAGAGUCGUCCGCGACUGGACCUAAUGGUCAGGGGUCCCUUUACCUUUAUGCUGGUUGUUAGACAGGGCAAUCCUACAUGUGUUCUUAGAAGUAAGUCCUACUCUGCCCAAUGGGCACUGGGGUGCAUGUUUAGGAUUGCAGCCUAAAACUAGUUAAUGCCAGUUCUUCAUCUUUUAUCGCAGGGCAUUCUAUUCUGCCUCUUGGCUAAUCUGAUGUCAGUAAAGGACCGUAAGCACUGCCAUAAAAAAACUCUGUGCUGCAAUGUGAUUGUUUCCAAGGGCUGUCUUCAGUCUGCACUUGUAGCAACAUGAAUUCUGUAUCUGUCAGCAUCUUUGGCCAUUUAGUAAUUAGGUCCUGUCAGAUAACUGCUAAAUCAGUUACACAUUUAUGACCCCUUUUUGCUACUUACAGCGUUGCAGGGGGCUGGCUCUCAGACACGAUCAUAUCUUUCACCCCCUUCAUUGCCCCACACAAGUGCACUUCCCUUUGCCUCAUGCGUCUCAUUUAUGACAUCAGAAACAAGCGAGCAAAGAAAUAAAUAAAGUGACUUAGCUACGAAAUUACAUUCCUCGUUAAUGUCUAACAUGUCAUAAAUAUCCAGGAUGCCUUAAACAGGCCAAUAGCUUUAAUAUGACCAUAUGUAAGGUACACAUCAGGGACACGGGUGGCGCUGUGGGUUAAACCACAGAGCUUAGGAUUUGCCGAUCAGAAGGUCGGCGGUUCAAAUCCCCGCGACGGAGUGAGCGAGAUGAGUACCACAACCCCAGAGUCGGCCACGACUGGACCUAAUGGUCAGGGGUCCCUUUACCUUAAGGUACACAUAUAAAAAAGGAACCUACGGGUGUGUUGGUAUGUACUUUAGCAGAAAUGCAUGCCUUACUUGUGACAUCGUAUACUAAACUGCCAAAAUUCUAGGUGUCUUUCCAAAACCCACUGUCUUCUGCUUGAAGACACUACAGAACUCCCCCUCCCCCCGAUAUAGGACUGCACUCCCGAAAGGUAUCCAGCCGUAGGGCUGUGGGCAAAGAAAGCAAUUUCUUUAUCAUUUUAUAGACAAACAAAACAUUUACCUAUUGAUUGUCUCUUUUAACAUUAUUUUCACUGUACCUUACAUUUCCGCAAUGGGAUCGUUUACCCACUCAUCUUGGAUUUUUAAGAUGUUUCUUUGUCCUCCUUUAAAGUGCCUUUUCCGCAGGCCAUGCCAACAACAUUGUUGUUGAAAUACUAUGUGUCUCGUCACUCUUAUUAGGAACAACAUGUAUUAAUCCUUUUUUCCUUUCCCCCUAGCUCUCAAGACAGCCCAGAACAGAGGAAAACCAAAGUAGGUUUAUGUAGGGCUUACAGCAACUCCUACUAUUUCUCAGUAACUUUUUGCAGUAUUCCUCAUAAAGGAAUCUUAGAUCUACCAAGAUGCUAGAUUCCCUUACGGUGCAUCUAAUCAGAGGUGCAAGUGUCUCAUUAAGCCACAGGCACUGCAGAAGAUACUCUGGUUUCUCUAAAUAACAAAGGGAAGCUGUGUGAUUUUAGAAAAACUGAAGGUUUGUCAAAAUGGGAAUUAUAUUCCAUGGGGCUUUAUGAAAAUGGGAAGUGUUUCCUAGCCCUUGUUUGCUUUGUACAAAGGAGAGCUCAAGGUAUCUGAAAGGGUAGAAAUUAAUUGACAAGCAGGGGGAGACAGUUAUAGUGGUUGUAUUAUAAACAAGUAGGGACUGAAGCCCAAGCGCAGCUUCAUCCACUUGUCCAGCAAGGAUGCUGGUAGCAGCUUCUCCCUGUAACUUACCACAAUGAACAUGAAUGGGGAAAACCAGCUGCACAGAUCCCUUCCUCUGUCUUACAGGGAGCCUGUGUGUUUUGUUAAGCACUGGAAAUAGGCAAAUAGAUGAAUAGUCAUUAUUGGGAGGAAGGUGUUUUGUCCCAGUAGCCCCUGGUGCAAUCUGAGCUGUUUUGCAUUCUGCAUAGUGUUAACAAGCCUGCAAUCCUCUACUUACCUAGGAGUAAAUCUCACAGGGGUUCUUAUAGAAGAUUGAGCUUUAAAAGCCCUUUUACUACCUCCUGGAAAUUAGCUUGAAACUGUGGCAAACAUAAAACUUCGCUUUGAGGCACAGCUUUUUUCUCUCCCGUUUUUUUUAAGCUUGACAGUGCAUUUCAGGAAACUUGAAAUUCCCCAUCUUGCUUGCUACAUUGUGACAUUUUAAUGAAUGCUAAUAGAGGUGUCGCCCUAUUGUGCCAUUUAGACCUGUUCAUUGUUGGUAAAUACUAUGCACGUUUGCUUAGAAAAAACCCCUCCUAGUUCAGAUUACAGCCUACCAGGUUUAUUGUGCUUUCCAGACUAGAGCAGGAAGAACAGUCCUCAGUCAGCAGGUAUAGUUGUGUAUAUUUGUAUGUGUGUAUAAUAUAUAUGCACUCAGGUGGAUAUGCAGUGGUGCAAAAAAGCUGUAAGAUUCAAGGACGACACUGGUAGUUCUAUAUAAGGCUUAAACAAACAGAUACUAUAAUGACGACUAAUCACUACAGCAAUAACUGGUGGUAACAAUAACCCUUCCUUUGUUAAGUAACAUCAACAGUGGGUAUGAAAUUGAUUGAGGCCUGUCUUGGCUCAAGCGAAGACUUCCUUGUGUAAAUUCUAAUAUAGCAAUUUCACACUGGAAUCUCCAUUUGAAGUGCCUUGGGAAACCGAAGGCUUCUCCCCAUUGGUUUCUGGGCAUUUUGCUUAUUCUUUUGCAAACAGACUAUAGCGUAUCAUCUUGAGUAGGCGGGUGAACCCUAUGGGGUUGGCUUUUAUUAGGAUUUGUAAUAGUAAUGUUUGAGUAGACACGGGGAUAGAAUUCACAUCUAGGUUAGUGGCAGGGUCUUCUUCCUCCACUUUUGUCUGUUUUAUAUUAGGGGUAUGUCUGAAAGCAAGGACAAGUCUAUCACACAAGGACUGUGAUGUUCCACUGCUUAUAAUAUAUACAGUGCUUUUUUUCUUAGAAAAUGUUUAGGGGUACUCUCACUUUCCUACUCAUGUUGAAAUACUGCCCCUCAAUGAGGCCAAACUUAGAUUCACAAAAUGUUUAGGGGUAUGCGUACACCUGCGUACUCCCAGAAAAAAGCAGUGUGUGUGUGUGUGUGUAUGGGAGUACACACAAACACACACACAUCUUCAAGGUGUCCAAAGAAAGUUGGUUAUCCAUUAACAUACCCACAUGGCUCCUACCCCUUUUGAAGUUCCUAGAUAAGAAUAACAUUCAAAUCAAGAGGCCCCUUAUAUUUAGCUAAGUUACAGAAAUGUGGCAAACAGCUAUUUAGCAUGGUCAGUUAUGCCCCAGUAACGCCACAACUCAUGGUGUCCAAUGUGGCUAACGAGCAAUGAGGUGAAACGCACUCUGCAUGUACUAAGGGCAUUUCCUUCCUUUAUAAUAUCACAUUUCGGAGCUGAGCGCUGCAGCCUCAGUAGAAUUUGAAGCUGUGCUCCAAGUUAUCUCUCCACAUCCUCUUGACUUCUUGAGUUCCAGCUCUCUUUAUAUAACGGUUGCGCAAGCUUAUGCUGUGAAAAAGUUGAAUUGAAAAUAAAACAUUUGCUUUGGACUGCAAUCGUAACCCAACUUACCUGGGAGUAAGCUCCACUUAACUCAGUAUGACUUACUUCUGAGUAGACAUGGUUGUUAGAAUUGCACUGUUAGAAGGACACAUUUUCCCUCCGUACAAUCAUAGGAAAAUAUAAUUUGAAAGGGUCUCACUGGUCAUCAUUCAACCUUUUCUCCCCCACGACCAGAUUGCCUGCACACCUACGGUUCUUGCAUUGUUUACAGGCAGUCAUGGGGGACUGACACCAGUAUAGGCCUCCUUAAAGCAGCCCUUCAUUUAUUUGAGUCGCAUUUCCUAACAUAACAUAUAUCCACCUCCUUUCAGAUAGUCCCAGCAUAUGGCAAGUAGGAGUUAACUAAAUUUGGCACCUUGGAUGCCUUACUUUUUGGGCUCUCUGGCUCCUCGGUUUUAUGAAAUGUGUCACAACAAGUCUCUGGAGAUAAGUAAUUAAAUUUGGAUUUAUGGUGAACAUUUGAGCCUCCGUUGCUCUUUUGAGUAAUAGUGUAUUGAAUGCAUUUAAGGCAAUUGCCACAUUAUACAGAAAAGCGUUCUAAGAAGUGAUUUAUUUCCUCCAUCUUUGCAGAUUCAGCCAAUUCUGGCAACAGUGGGUAAGAAAACUCUCAAGGAUCUAAGGAAGAGACCUCUUUGGGAAUCUGACAGAGAGCCCUUCUUCACAUCCUUCAACUUUCACUCUUUCUUAACACCAGGCCACAAUAAGUAUGUACGCCAUUCAUAUUCCGUGUCACCCAUUGAAAUCAAAAGACUUUUUAAGGGUCUGGGGUUGUUUUGGCUGUUUGUGUGGUUUGAUUCUUGUGGGUUUUUCCCCUUUUGUUUUUGUUUUUGAAGUUGCAAUAUUGACUGACAAUCUUUUUAAAACAACAUGGGUUAUUAACAGCAACUUGCAGAGUGUAAACUUUUUAAUCUCUCCUACUCCCUGGCCCCCAGCUACUCCAAUCAAAAUUCAAAACGUUGGCUAGGGUUUCAUGCGUGUGUUGUGUGUGUGCUUUGACUGACCUCUGGCAAACCGUCUGAGAUGGCAAACUAGGUAUCUACUUUUGCAGCACCUGCCCUACUAGAAUCCACUCUGCACCAUUUCAGACAUGCGCCUUUGGGGUCAGGGUUCCCUGGAGAUAAAAGCAAUGUUUUGUACGUUAAAACUGAGUUGUUGUACGCCCAGCCUUUUCACAGGACAUUUCAUGGCACACAAAUGUAAAUGUAUUGAUGUACUGUUGUAUGAUCAGUCUUAUAACAUUAUUGCCUUCCUUUUGAAUGGCAAGCCCUAAUAAAAAAUAUUUAAUCUUUUGUUCACUCC